CCGUUACUAUCGUUAAAAAGCCCCUAUAUAUCGAUGGUCGACAUUUCGAUAACCACUCACAUGGUAAACACUGAUACGCAACAGUGGUUAUUUCACCACGUUUGGCCCUUGUUUAUGUUUCUUUAGAGUCAAUUAAUUAAUUUACGAUGCAUCUGCCGCAGCAAAGGCCGCACCACGACAUUGCAGCGCUGUUCGCGGAGGCACAAACGGAUUUCCUGCGUGUGAGCGCUCCAAUGGUGCGCUAUAGUAAACUGGAAUUCCGAAGACUCGUUCGCCUCAACGGAGUACAACUUGCCUUUACGCCAAUGAUGAUCUCAGACUCUAUUAACAACAGCGAAAAGGCACGCCAGAACGAGUUCUCUACGGGCGCUGAUGACCAGCCACUGAUCGCCCAGUUUGCUGCCAAGGAUCCCACGGAAUUCGUAACCUCCGCCCAGCUCAUCUAUCCGUAUGUGGAUGGGAUUGAUUUGAACUGUGGUUGUCCCCAAAGCUGGGCAAUUGCAAAGGGUUAUGGAUGUGGGAUGCUUCGCCAGCCGGAACAAGUGCGUCAGGUGGUGCAGCAAGUGAGACGCACUCUGCCCGCCGACUUUAGUGUUUCGGUGAAGAUGCGUUUGCUAGGAGGUGAUGAGUCUUUGCAGCGCAGCAUCGAUCUAGCCCGCCAGUUGGAGCACGCUGGCGUUACCUUUCUGACUCUCCACGGCAGGACGCCAGCACAGAAGCACUCAAAGGAUACACUAGACAUCCCAGCUAUGUCCGAAGUGCGAAAAUCUCUACAGAUUCCCUUGAUAGUCAACGGCAAUGUGGAGAGCUACAGGGAUGCCUGCGAUUUAUACGACCAGACGGGAGCAGCUGGUGUGAUGGCUGCUCGCGGCCUUCUAGCCAAUCCGGCCCUUUUCAAUAGCUCUUAUCCAGAGGGUAGAUCAACGCCAUUGUCCUGCGUUCAACAGUGGUUGGAUAUUGCAGCUGCUGCCGGGGAUAAUCUACUGUUCCAGUGCUUUCAUCACCACUUAACUUUUAUGUACAGUGCUCAAAUGAAGCGAGAUCUACGUAUCCAGUUCAACAGUUUGGGAUCCAAAGAACAGGUGGUCGAAUUUCUCAGGGAACACUAUGACUUGCAAUCCGGUGAGGAUGAUCCAGCGCCGGCUAACUAUACAGAUUGCACCUACACUCAUUUCACACCUCCCAAGCAUGCCCGACACAUUGCCGCCGAGUCGGAUGAGCAGGCAUGGAGUGCAAAAAGCGAUGGAAAGUUCUUUACGGAAUUUAGAGCUCACCAGUUAACCGGCACUGGAGGAGAAGAUCUAGAACUGGGAGGACUCUUUGGGGACGAGAACUGAAUUGAUAUUGCUUAGCUGACUAGGUAAAAAGGUUGUACAAACUAUAUACGGUUUAUAUUCAUUGUAGCUAGAUUUUUUAACAUAAUCUUAUUAUCUUCAAUAAACCAUUUUAGAACCAUA